AUGAGGGCGUCCGGGGUCGUGCUUUGUGUGCUCUGCGGACUAUCCAUUCUAUCAGACCAUGGCGUUGCCACAAAAGACUGCAAAAUCCAAAGUGAAAAGUUGUUUCAGGAGCCUCGAUUCAUAGCGCAAAAGAAAGGCCGCACUGUGACGAUCUCGUGCCGUAGCUCGCACGCGGACUGCAUGACAUCAAACUGCAGCAUCACGUGGUACCGCGGGACCCCAAACGGCUCUUUCGUCAGCAGUGUUAAUGACCCCAACAUAAGAAUUAUAGAAAAUCAAAGAAAUUCAUUUAUGGAACUGAGAAAAAUACAUAAAGAGCACUCGGGGAUUUACUUCUGCAAGAUAAAUACGACAAAAGGUGAACAGAAGUCUUGUUGCGGGACUGAGCUCAUGGUGCUGGUGUCCGGGAAAGUUGAAAGCGCAAAGUCAAGAAAUAUCAUGAAGGACGCGAUUAUCAUGUUUCAGACGUUUUUUAUACUGCUCUUUACAGUCAUACCAGUGAUGCUGCUAAUGGAAAUGAAGAAGAAACGCAGUGUCAAGUUGGAAGACCAUACCUACGAGGGCCUGGACAUUUACCAGUCAGCCACAUACGAAGACAUUCAAAACGUACGAGUGUUAUCUACAAAAAGCAUGAUCGGGGAACAUCCAUUCGUGGAGUAAUAGUCAGAGCGCUGAUCACGCACUCUUUAAACAUACGACCUACAGAAGCCGUGGGCUUUUUUCCAUCAUGGAUCUUGUGCUACUCCACGCAACACCAACCCAUGGUUCCUGAACGAGAAACCAACAAUAUGAACCACAGAGGAACGUCCAACGGGACAUCGUCUUCUCGAUAUCGCCUCCAGAUUGUCUUUUCAUUUUUUUUAGUAAUGUUUAUUCUGC